AUGGAGAACGAGGAACCCAAAAUGGCCUUGAACCAGGACUCAUCUCCAUUCCAGUCGUCCCCACUGGAAACUGCCUCGUCGCCCCGCCUGUUCUGGCAGAAUCGCAACCUCAACUCCAUCAGCACCGACGGACUCUACGGACGAUCUGGCUCUCCUUCACCCACCCGUCGUUCCUCCAUCGAGCGCCUGCAGAAAGCUUCUCGCGUCAAGAACAGCAACAUCCUCGCCCUCGAGCAAAAGCUGGAGUACGACCCUACACGCCUACCUCAGAUCGAGCGCCCUCUUGCUAAGGUCCAGGGAAAUGCCUUUGGCGCUUCUGGCAUGAGCGGUCUUCGCUCCGAAUCCGACCGAAGCGGCUUCACUCAUUCUCGUUCCGACAGCAAGACAAGUAUCCCCAUCUACAGCCCAACAUCGAGCCCAACCAAGGCCAACGCUGCCGCCCAGUCCUACUUUGCUCCAAUGUCGGACGCCGACACGACCAACCCGCCUCGCACCCCCAGCAAGGACCAGGCCUCCCCCAUCAAAUCAUCUCUCUCCACCACCAAAUUCAGGUCGAGCGUCGACCAGGACAACGGCUUCUGGUCCGAGGACAACUCGUGUGACGACCGCGAGCUUCCUAGUGGACGAGCCCUUCACCGUCAUGCGACCAAGAGUGUUACUUUUGACGCCGCGCCUCCACAGAUCAACGAAUAUGAGAUGGCAACGCCUGACAUCUCUUCCAUCGGCACAAAUUCUCGCGAGGGUAGUUUCGAGUCCAACGAGGACGAGAUGGAGGACCAUCUGCACCACCGCUUCGGCGACCACGAUGCGGAGGACAGUUUCGACGCUUCGCUCGAAGAUACGGAUAAGACGCCUGUUGUCGGCCCAGAUGACUGGAGGCAAUCUGCCACGCGUGAUGAUGACCCCUUCGAGAGCAGCCCCAUGCCCGAAGCGCGCCCUCAUCAAUAUGCUUCCAACAGGCCGGCCCACUUGCGAACCGAUUCUGCCAACUCGGCAGGGUCCGACCACCGUCCGCUGCCGCCUCUCCCUGGCCAGAUGACGCGUCGUGAUUCUGUGCAGUCUUCUCCUGGACUGUCUGCCACGGCCGAGAGGAUGCUGGGCUCACCUAGGAGCCUGCCCUCGCCCCCUCCUGCACUUGCGAGCAAGUCAGAGAUCCAGAACAUUGGCAAUGGCAAGAUGUCUCUUGAGGAGCGACUGAAGCUUAUGAUGCUGUCCGACGAUGUCAAGUCGGCUAAUGAGCAGCAGAGGGAGCGCCGUCUUCGUCGCGGCGUCCAGCGCGACCGUCUCCAGAGCCCCACGCCCGACCGUGAAUCCAUCGCCUCAAGCAUGCUUGAAGCUGAUGAGCAGGAUGACACCAUCGGCGAUCUUUCUGGUCUCGGUGAUUACGAGCUGCCGCAGCGCAUCUCGCGCGAAUCUAUCCUGCGUCGUGUGAAUGGCAACCAACAGUCGCCAGGAAGAGACUCAGAGUACCAGUUCUCUUCACCGCCUCCGAGCUCGAGCCCUGAGCGUGGACCUGAUCGCCGCCUUGCUUAUGAUCCUGAUGUUCCGAUUCCCUCUACCGAGGAUCCUGGACAGGAUGACGCUGAGAUGCUCGAUACAGAGGAUAGUGUUAUCAUUCAUCGAGACGUGCACAGUCAGGACAGAGACAGCGAAGAUCGGGACGAUGCGGAUGGCGACUAUGAUUCCAUCACAGACUUGUAUCACCGCGACGACUCUCGGUUGACGGACCGCGAUGACGAUGAGGCUAGCCAGUACUCCGACGAUCAGAGGUUUAACAGCAAGGAUCCUGAAGUCCAAGAAGUCAAGGUCAAGGAGGUUCAAGUCGUCGAAAGCGAUGAAGAGGUCACGACACCACGUGCUGCAAGCCCCAUGGAUCACAACAAGGUCAUGUCUGAGGCUGUCCUGGACCACGUUGAGCAGAAGUCAGUCGAAGUACAGCAGGCUGCGCCAGAGCCCCUAACGGACAAGCCCUCUGAGGCAGUGGUGCGCGAGGAGAAGGCCGCCACAAGUUCUGGGCUGCCAGAAUUCAAGAGCAACGAUUCCGAGAACCUCUUUUCUAAGGGCUUGUCGACAUACAUGCUACCCAGACCUGACGAGGUGACUCCUCAGGUCGAGGAUCUGGAGCCGCCCCCGAAGAUGACGGAUGCCCGCGCUUUCCUACAGCGCCCUUAUACUCCUGAUCAGCUAUCGAAACCUGAGUACGAUGGGUCGGGCUGGGGAGAGCCCGAUGAGGAAGAAUUUGACGAGCCAGGUACACCAGACUCUGUUAUCCACCACCCUGUAUCGGACGAGGAGGACCUGGAGGAGAUCGUGGAAGAAGAGGAAGAGGCCAUCUCACCAGUCGUUCCCGAGCGACAGGCAACUAUCAAGGCGUCCGGCUCCAAGCUCAAGACCCGCCCUUCAGCGACCCCCUCAGACAUUGUCUCGAUGCGAGAUGCUCGGCGCCAGGUCAGCCGAGAGGUACCUGAGAUUCCUCCCAUUCCCGAGCGCCACCGCAACCGGAUUUCCAGAGACUUCGACGCCGAACCCGAGGCUGACACUGGUGACGAUUUCCUGGAACGACACCCCAGCUUUAAGAAGCGCAGUCUGACAUUGGAUCUCGACCUGGGUCUCAGCCUUGACCAGGACUUUGAGCGCGUCAUUGAGGCACAAAAGGUGGCAUAUGCCCAAGAACCCCUAAAAGCACCCUCCUUCACAACCAGCAGCCCCAGUAGACAAGCGUCUAAACCACCUCCAUCCAUCAACACCAAUCCAACCGAAACUUGUAUGACAAAUGCUAACGUAACUUCUCGCCGUCAGCGUGGCUACCUCAUGCGGCAGAACACGAAGCUCGUUACUGCCAGCGAUAAGCAGACUGACGAUUACUGGAUGACCAAGUCGGCCGGUAACUCGCCCGUCAAGAAGGAGCGUCCCCAGACGUGGACUGUCGAGCCGUGGAACAGCAAGCCCAAGCAGAGAAGUGUUCGGAAGCGACAUGGUGCGAGCGGGCCGGUCCCGCCGCUGCCUGGUCAAGAGAGUAAUGCUCGUCUCAGCGGCAACACGGACGAUAUGAACCCCGAAUUGGCGACUGAAGAGAGCGGUGAGCGCGGCAGACUUUUCGUCAAGGUUAUGGGAGUAAAGGAUCUGGACCUUCCCAUUCCUAGGAAUGAGAGGUCCUGGUUCAGUCUCACUCUCGACAAUGGCGUUCACUGUGUGACGACGGCCUGGCUCGAGCUUGCGCGCAACGCCCCCAUCGGGCAGGAGUUUGAGCUGGUCGUGCCUAAUGAUCUCGAGUUCCAGCUGACUCUGAAUGUCAAGCUUGAGAAGCCCGCAGCGCCCAAGAAGGUCAUCCAAUCCUCGCCCACCAAGGUUACAAAGCCAAAGACGUCAACCUUCAGCAGAGUGUUCGCUUCGCCCAAGAAGCGUAAGGAGAUGGAACUCCGACACCGCGAGGAAGAGGAACGUCAGGCAGCCCAGCAACGCGAGGCAGCACAAGCACGACAGAUCAAGGCAGCCCCAACCUCAUAUGAUCUCUUAUCGCCACUGGCCGCGGAGGAUGGAAGCUUCGCUCGUUCCUACGUCUGCCUCAAGGAGCACGAGUCUCGCUGCUACGGCAGGCCAUACCUAGCCGAGGUUGCCUGCUUCAACGAGUGGGCUACAGAGGAGGCUGGCUUUGCUUCCAGCGUGAAGAGCAAGCGCGGCAACACUGCCGUUGUCCGGAAGGCGCCUUACAAGAUCGGCAACCUCGAGCUUCAGCUUCUCUUCGUCCCUCGCCCCAAGGGCGCGACAGAUGAGGAUAUGCCUAAGAGCAUGAACUCGUGCAUUCGUGAGCUCAAGGCUGCUGAGGAGCGCUUGUCCCGCAACUGGGAGGGCAAUCUGAGCCAGCAAGGUGGUGACUGCCCGUACUGGCGUCGCCGCUACUUCAAGCUGGUUGGCACCAAGCUGACUGCUUAUCACGAAUCAACACGUCAACCCCGUGCCACUAUCAAUCUCAGCAACGCCAAGCGUUUGAUUGACGAUCGCCGAGCUCUGGUCGAAAAGGAGACGCUCGGCAAGGGUGGCCGCCGUCGCCGAUCCGCCUUCGCCGAAGAGGAGGAAGGCUACAUGUUUGUUGAGGAGGGCUUCCGCAUCCGCUUCAACAAUGGCGAGGUCAUUGACUUCUAUGCCGAUACAGCCGCAGACAAGGAAGGCUGGAUGAAGGCACUGAGUGACGUGGUCGGGCGCGGCGAGUCGGGCUCCGAUGAUGAUGUCAACCGCAGCAAGUUGAAGGGCAAGUGGUGCGACCUCAUCCUUAAGCGCGAGGAGGCGAUCAAGAAACGUGCUGCGAGCGGCGGUCGUCGUACGCACUCGAGGACGAAGAGCACGUACAACUAA